UUUCAAAUCAACAUUAUUGUUUGUCAAACAAGUUAUGAUCAUCAACCCAAACACUUUGAAAUUCACAAGACAAAUUUUCCCUUUUCUUCAAAAACAAAAAAGCACUCACUAAGGAGAAAUAGUAACUAUUAAGCAAUUGUUUGGUAAUUUAUCAAAUGUAAUCCAAGUCAAUGGCGCUUUACAGGCACUUCCACUUAACAAUUUACACCAUUCCACUCAUUUUUAAGCCCCAAUUUGUUUGUUUCCAAGUCAUUGCUGCAUUUCAACACACAAAAAAGACCAAAAUUGUUAUCAAAGCCACAAAGAGAAGUCUGGGUGAUUUUUUUUUUUUUUGCUUCCAUUUUGUGGAAUAUAUGAAGGGAUCUUUGCUCAAUAGUUUAAAGAUCUUCGUCUUUGUUUUAGCCUGGAUGUUUUUCCCAGGACUUGUACUAUCAGCUAUUUCCGAAGAUGACAUGAAGUGCCUUGAAGGUGUCAAGAACUCUCUAAAAGACCCAGAUGGGAAAUUAAGCUCUUGGACUUUCAACAAUAAUUCAAUAGGUUUUAUCUGCAAAUUUGUUGGAGUUUCUUGCUGGAAUGAACGAGAAAAUCGCCUGUUAAGCCUUGGACUUCGUGAUAUGAAGCUUUCAGGACAGUUACCUCAAUCUUUACAGUACUGUCGUAGUUUGCAAAGUUUAGACCUGUCAGCUAACAAGCUUUCUGGAUCGAUCCCUACACAGAUAUGUUCUUGGUUACCUUAUUUAGUGACCCUUGAUCUAUCUAGCAAUGAUCUAUCAGGUACCAUCCCUCCUGAGUUAUCAUACUGUGCUUAUUUGAAUAAUUUGAAACUAUCAAAUAAUAGACUUUCAGGGUCAAUUCCAUAUCAAUUAUCUGGUUUAGAUAGGCUGAAAAAGUUUUCAGUAGCAGAUAAUGAUCUUUCAGGUGCUAUUCCUUCAUCUUUUGAGAAUUUUGGUAAGGCGGAUUUUGUUGGGAACAAUGGUCUUUGUGGAGGUCCUCUUAGAAAGUGUGGGGGUUUGAGUAAGAAGAAUUUAGCGAUUAUAAUUGCAGCUGGGGUUUUUGGUGCUGCUGGUUCAAUGUUGUUGGGGUUUGGGGUUUGGUGGUGGCAGCAUUUGAGAUGGAUCAAGAGGAAGAAGAAAGGGUAUAUUGGAGGAUCUAGUGAUAGUAAUUGGGCUGAGAGAUUGAGAGCUCAUAAAUUGACUCAAGUUUCAUUGUUUCAAAAGCCACUUGUGAAACUUAAGUUGGGUGAUUUAAUGGCUGCCACAAACAAUUUCAAUGCAGAAAACAUAUUAGUUUCAACCAGGAUGGGAACUACAUACAAAGCAAUGCUUCCUGAUGGAUCAGCCCUAGCAAUCAAGAGACUUACAACUUGUGAACUUAGUGAGAAACAGUUUCAUUGGGAGAUGAAUAGAUUAGGCCAACUUAGGCAUCCAAAUUUAACUCCCCUUUUGGGAUUUUGUGUUGUGGAAGAUGAAAAACUACUUGUUUAUAAACAUAUGUCCAAUGGGACUCUUUAUUCUUUGUUGCAUGGUAGGGGUGGUGACAUAGAUUGGCCAACUAGGUUCAAGAUUGGUUUGGGUGCAGCAAGGGGCCUAGCUUGGUUACACCAUGGAUGUCAUCCUCCAUUUCUGCAGCAGAACAUCUGCUCCAAUGUGAUUCUCGUCGACGAGGACUUGGAUGCUCGGUUAAUGGACUUUGGAUUAGCAGGGCUCAUGACUUCAUCAGAUGUUAAUGAGACUAGUUUUAUGAAAUCGGAUAUAGGCGAAUUCGGUUACAUAGCACCAGAGUAUUCAAGCACGAUGGUUGCUUCACUUAAAGGCGAUGUCUACGGAUUCGGUGUCGUUCUUCUCGAAUUGGUAACUAGGCAAAAACCACUACAAGUCAAUACAGGUGAAGAAGGAUUCAAAGGUCAUUUGGUGGAUUGGAUAAAUCAUCUAUCGAACUCGGGAAGAAUCGAGGACGCCAUUGACAAGGAUGUUAUCAGAAAAGGCCAUGAUGAGCAAAUCUCAGAGUUGCUCAAAAUUGCAUGUAAUUGUGUGGUUGCUCGGCCAAAGGAUAGAUGGUCAAUGUUCCAGGUUUAUCAGUCAUUGAAAACCAUGGGUGAGGAAAAUGGUUUCUCGGAAAUGGAUGAUGAUGAUUUCCCUCUGAUUUUCACUAAGCAAGAUACUGAAUCAAUGUAGGACAUGUUAAUGCAUAUCUAAAGGCUUUUGAUGUUAAUUCGAUUGCCUCUCUUUGUUAUGUAUGGGUUGUAUAAUACAAUAAACUUGUUGGAUUGUGUCUGUUUUUGCUCCUUGUUUGGCAUUGAAAUCAAUACUGAUGAUUUAUGAUGUUUCGACUCUUCAAUUUUAAAAAUCUUUACAAUA